AUGGACGAUGCUGCAGUGGUGUGUAGAGAGCUGCGCUGUGGGGAGGCUGUAAAUGCACCACAAUACGGUCACUUUGGACCAGGAUCAGGAGAAAUCUGGAUGGUUUUUGUACGCUGUAGUGGAUCAGAGUCGACACUGAAGAACUGUGGAUCAUUUGGGAGGGGGGAACAGUACUGUGAUCAUGGUGAAGAUGCUGGAGUCACCUGCUCAGGUCAGAAUUCGAGACUCACUGCUGGUCCUCACCGGUGCUCUGGGAGAGUGGAGGUGCUUCUUGGAGGUUCCUGGUCCACAGUGUGUGAUGCUGACUUUGACCAGCAGGAUGCAGAGGUUGUGUGUCGAGAGCUGGGCUGUGGGAUUCCUGCGGAGGUUCUGGGAUCAGCUGCUUUUGGCCGAGGGGAGGCUCAGGUGUGGACAGAGGAGCUUCAGUGUCACACAGGGGCGCGGCUGGUGAAGGGACCGGACUCCUGUUCUGGUCGAGUGGAGCUCCAGUACCUCGGUGACUGGGGCACAGUUUGUGCUGUAGGCUGGGAUAUGAGAGAUGCAGAUGUUCUCUGUGCACAGCUGGAUUGUGGGAGUGCUGUGGCUGUGGUGGAGGUGGACUGGUUUGGGGAGGGGAGUGGCCACAUCUGGGCUGAUGUGUUUGAUUGUCAGGGGAAGGAGACACACCUAUCACAAUGUGGCAUCUCAUCAUGGAGUCGAGCUGCAUGCUCUCAUAAACACGAUGCUGGAGUCGUCUGUAAUGGAUCAUCCGUGGCGUUUCAUGAGGGGCGAGUGCGGUUGUCUGGAGGGAGCGAGUGUCAGGGGGAGGUGGAGAUUUAUUUCAGGCAGGACUGGAGGAGAGUUCUCCUGGACUCGUGGAGUCUGUCUGAGGCGUCUGUGCUCUGCAGACAGCUGGGCUGUGGCUCCGUGCUGAACUACCGCUCCUCUCCAUCCACCACUGAACACAAACACAUGUGUGUAACGGGUUUCAGCUGCUCUGGGAGUGAAGCUCAUCUGGGGAACUGCAGCAGUGCACAACCUGUCAACUGCAGCUCCGGGGAACAGCUGUACAUCACCUGCUCAGGUAAGCAGUCCAUCAGACUGGUCGGUUCUGGGGGAGACUGUGCAGGAAGGCUGGAGGUUUUCCACAGCGGCUCGUGGGGGACAGUGUGUGAUGACUCGUGGGAUAUUGAGGAUGCGCAGGUGGUGUGCAGACAGCUGCAGUGUGGAGUGGCCCUCAGUACCCACAUACCAGCCUGGUUUGGUCCUGGAACUGGGUCCAUAUGGCUGAAUGAGGUGGAGUGUGAGGGGAACGAGACGUCCCUGUGGAACUGCAGAUUUCAGCUGUGUGAAGAGGGUGAAUGUGGACACCAGGAGGACGUAGGAGUCGUGUGCUCAGAGUUUAAAGAGAUCCGACUCACGGAGGGCUGUGAGGGGAAUCUGGAAGUGUUCUACAAUGGAACCUGGGGUAAUGUGUGUCACAACGAGAUGGAGAUGGAGUUAGAAACAGCAGAUAUGGUGUGUCGAGAGCUGAACUGUGGAAGACGCGAGCGUUUGGACUCGGCCAGAGCGAGAGUCGAAUCUGCUCCUAACUGGCUGGAUCAUGUGAAAUGUAGGAAACACGACUCUAAUCUGUUGAAGUGUCCAUCUUCACCCUGGGGACAGAACAGAUGUGAUAAUCGUGCUGAGGUGGUUCAGAUUACCUGCACAGAGCACUGGUCUCUCAGGCUGAGUGGAGGAGAGGGAAGCUGCUCUGGGAGGUUGGAGGUGUAUCAUAACGCUACGUGGGGCUCCGUUUGUGAUGAUCAGUGGAACAUCAGGAUCGCUCAGGUGGUGUGCAGACAGCUGGGCUGUGGGUCGGCGCUGAGUGCUGAUAGGAAUGUUAGUUCUGGUCCUGGUGAAGGGACUAUCUGGCUGAACAGAGUGAAGUGUCGAGGGGAUGAGAUUCACCUGUGGGACUGUCAUCAUUCCCUGAAGAAACACACUGACUGCUCUCAUGCUGGAGUCACCUGUGCAGUAAGAGCUCCUCCAAAUCCUCCAGCACCUAAAGCUCCACCCACCCCUCCACUGGUUCUCUUUGUGUUGGGAACGCUGCUCUUCCUGGCCUUAGUGCUUCUGCUGGUCCUGUUUUACCAGAACAGAGUGCUCAGGAGAGGUACGAGACAUACCUGUAAAUACUAA